ACACGGCGGCCCCUCCUGAGCAGCGGCGGCGGCAGAGCCGGGUGCCGCAGCGCGCAUGCUCGGCGCGGGCGCCAUUUUGGUGGGGCCGGGAGUUAUCCAGCGAGAGCGGCGGCGGAGCUCGCUGGGCCCGGCGCGGAGGCAGCGGCGAGUGGGUGCGGGUCGGAGCCCGCUGCGGAGAUGGCGAACAUCGCGGUGCAGAGGAUCAAGCGAGAGUUCAAGGAGGUGCUGAAGAGCGAGGAGACAAGCAAAAAUCAAAUUAAAGUAGAUCUUGUAGAUGAGAAUUUUACAGAAUUAAGAGGAGAAAUAGCAGGACCUCCGGACACACCGUAUGAAGGUGGAAGAUAUCAACUAGAGAUAAAAAUUCCAGAAACAUAUCCAUUUAAUCCUCCUAAGGUGCGGUUUAUCACCAAAAUAUGGCAUCCUAAUAUUAGUUCAGUCACUGGGGCCAUUUGUUUGGAUAUUCUGAAAGAUCAAUGGGCAGCAGCAAUGACUCUAAGAACAGUGUUACUAUCACUGCAAGCAUUGUUGGCAGCUGCAGAACCAGAUGAUCCGCAAGAUGCAGUAGUGGCAAACCAGUACAAACAAAAUCCAGAAAUGUUUAAACAGACAGCUCGACUUUGGGCACAUGUGUAUGCUGGAGCACCAGUUUCUAGUCCAGAAUACACCAAAAAAAUAGAAAACCUUUGUGCUAUGGGCUUUGAUAGGAAUGCGGUAAUAGUGGCCUUGUCUUCAAAAUCAUGGGAUGUAGAGACUGCAACAGAAUUACUUCUGAGUAACUGAGCCAUGUAGAGAGAGAGCUGCUUCAGUAGUCCAGCUUGCCCCUUCUGGAGGAGCAUCACCAUCUGUUAUUUUUAGGAUUCUAUAUAGAUUCUCUUUUAAAACUGGCACUCUUGCCUGAUGAUGCUAUCUAGGCACUAUUGGAGACUGAAAAACCGCUCUGUAAAUAAAGCUAAUUAAACGUCUGUGUAAAUUUAAAAAGGGGAAAUACUUUAAUUUUUUUCUUACUAAAUAUUGUAAAAAUUCUUUGAGCUCAGCUAAAACAAUGGGGGAAAAACAUGCCUACUUUAGUGUUUAGCAGUGUGACAAAGACUAGCAGGAACUUGCUUCAGGAAUUUGAUUUAGUAAUUCAGAAAGCAACAUUUUUUGAGUGUUAGUCAUCAAAAUUGUUGGUGACACUCAUCACAGCUAUCUUACUGUUUCUUAACAUGGAUCCUAUGUGCCUGUGGAUUGACCUAUAUUUGCAUGCUUGUACUUAAUAGACGUAUUAGGUAGGGUCGCUGAAGAGAGCACCAUUUAAAUACUCGAGUAUUCUUGUAACUUUUCCUGAAAGACUUUCAAGAUUUACCCAAAGUUCAAAAUGGUGACCUAUUCAGAACCUUUUUCUUCCUAGUUUAUUAAUUGGGAAACCUGAUUCUCCUCUCCCUUGCGUCAUACAUUGCAUUGCAGAACUAAAAAAUUCUCACUGGAUUAUUUUUCGUCGUCUGUGGGUAUGUGUGUCACUUACAGUAGUCUAGGCUCCACUUUAAAGAAUAUAUUUUGAAUUACCAUAACGGUUUUCAACCAUCAUGUUUUCUACAACAAACUAAUAAGGAUUUAGUGUGCUUGGACAUAGCACAGAAAGGUGGAGCUGACUUUUUUUUUUUCUUUUUUUUUUCUUGCUUUUUUUUUCUCCUGUCUUAAGUAGAUGUAAAAUGUUCUUCAGUACAUUCUGGAUAAUAAUGAUUUCACUGGAUUUGAAGGAGGAAAAAUGAUUCUCUAGCAUAUUGAGAAUUAAUUUCUUUUUGAGUACUUGAUAUGAUGCAAUCAGCUGUUUUUUGCAGCAAUUUUCUAGCUUUAUUUUUGGCUUCAGUUUAAGGAUUGCUUACCAGGUACUUCAAAAUUCAUCCUUGCUUGCAUUUUUCUCCAGUUGACACAUGGAGGCUGUGUUGGUGUUUUUACUGUACAUACUUCAAAUGCACAUAGAAGUAGAAGUGUGUUCUCAAUUUAGCUUUCUUUUGGAUUGAUGUUUCUGAUAAACAAGAACUGAAAUCUUA